CCUCCUUAUUUGAGCGCAUUUCGCCGCGCUGCAGCCCUCCAUCGCUUCUAGCAGAGGGGGUAGCCCGACGACUCUCCUCUCUCCUCCAUUCUGUGUCAGAGGUGGAUGCCAUGCCACCGGAUUUUCUUCAUUUAACAGCUGUUUGCGUUCACAUGACAAGCGCGCCGGGGGUAUUUUAAGGGUAGGAGAUCCCUCUUGGUCGCGCGACAUUACAGCAGAUGGAGAGUGCCCUCCAUCAGCCUCAUCAGCUACUGUCAAUCACAUCAAAAUUGAGCCAAUCGGUACUAUGGACCUUUAGGAGCAGUAAUGGCAACUUGCAGUACCUCUCGUUCUGAUUGGAUAGACUUGUAGCAUGCGUUCCCUACGUAAGACUGUGCUGUUAGCUCUGGUAGCAUCAGUGGUGCUGGUUUUGGCUGUGCUACAUUCCUGGCCAACGCGGGUCUACAGCACUGUGGAUGUCCGGUACAGGCUGGGUCCUGGAGCUGAACGGUUACUGGAGGAGAGACUUCCUGAACCGGAUCCCAGUGCUAGUACCAUCCCUUACCGUGUGAGGGAGAGUGUGGCCAGGCUUUUGGCUCGCAACGGGUGUGUUUGUGAAGGAGAGAGGCGAGGGGUCAACCUGCCCUUUGCUCAGCUGCUGUUCCCUAGAGUGUCUGCCCAUCCCCUGCACACUGCCUUCCAGGCCUCCCAGCUCCAUGAGAUGAAGAAACGGCGAGCCAAAGAGUAUCAGAGCUUCCAAAUGAGGUCGCAGACCCCUGCUGAUCUGCUGAUUGUAGCUGAAGCUAACAACCCCCUGCAGUACCCAACACAGGGUGUGGAAGUUCGGCCACUUAAAACUAUCCUUAUACCAGGUUUGUCCUUAAAAGAGGUGCCCAGAGAUUUCUAUACUCUGAACUUUUCAGCAUCUCUGGGCACGUUUAAUGUGGCAGCAGAUGUGGAGGGUGUAAAGGUCAGGGGUGAUGGCGAGAUGCACAUGACACUGAACAGUGGCCUUUUGUCCAGUCUGAAUCGACAGCUCCAGUUUAUCACAUAUACUAACACGUUGUUCCACCCAAGCACAGCUGACACAGUGCAGUUAGACACAGAAGGACAUCAGGCUCUUUUCACCAUCAAGAUUCGUCAUGGAGUAACACCCAAACUCUACAACACAGGCUCUGAUGCAGAUAAAGAGUACAACAUCAGCGCUCUUGUGACCAUAGCAACCAAAACCUUCCUGCGCUAUGACAAGCUCCAGGAUUUAAUUGACAGCAUACGACAGUACUAUCCAACUGUUACAAUAGUGAUAGCAGAUGACAGCGAACACCCGAAAACUGUGUCAGGCCCAUAUAUUGAACACUACAUCAUGCCCUUUGGAAAGGGCUGGUUUGCUGGUCGUAAUCUGGCCGUGUCACAGGUCACAACCAAGUAUGUGCUGUGGGUGGAUGAUGACUUUAUCUUCACUGCCAACACAAAGCUAGAGAAGCUGGUGGAUGUGCUGGAGAAAACCACACUUGACCUGGUCGGAGGCGCAGUGCGUGAAGCUACAGGCUACACUGCCACCUACAGGCAGACAAUCUCAAUUGAGGCUGGAGAGGAAGACGGGGACUGUCUGCACAUGCGGAGAGGCUUCCAUCAUAUCAUCCAGGGGUUUCCUCAUUGCGUGGUCACUGAUGGAGUCAUCAAUUUCUUUCUUGCCAGGACAGAUAAAGUGCAGCAGGUUGGCUUUGACCCCCGGCUAGCCCGUGUUGCUCAUCUGGAGUUUUUUAUUGAUGGGCUCGGCUCCCUGCACGUUGGGUCGUGUGAUGAUGUCAUCGUGAACCACGCCACUAAGAUCAAGCUCCCGUGGGGCCAGUCGGAAAGCGACAAAACUUACGCGAAGUUCCGUUACCCUCCUGCUUCAUCUGAUGCGACACACACCAAAAAUGGCCUCUUGUACUUCAAAAACCGCUUCCAGUGUCUAACACACAACUGAACCCACUCUGACAAUGCCUCCUUCCCUUUCUCUCAUCCUCCCUCAAACGAACACUCUCUCCCCGAGUAGCUAAAGGGGCCCGUGAAGUCACCAGAGGUGUGCUGUGUAUACUGUAUACGGUCCCAUGUGAGUAAAAGGGAGUUCUUUUGGAAAAGGUCCUAAUGUGAUCAAACAUGACUGACGGAUGAGACGUGCAGUGAUGGCUGAUCAACAUUUUUUUGAUACCUGAAGAUGUCGUAUUUUUGUGUCUCCUUUCUUUAGCUUUAUUUUUGUUCAGAAGAAUUCUUUAGAUACAGAUCAAACCAUUCCGUAAAUUAUGCACAGCCGUCUUUUUUCUCUUCAGCCAAUCAUGUUUCAGUAUCACAUUUAAAGUUAUAGUUAGCCCAAAAAUGAAAAUUCUGUCAUAAUUUACUGACGCGGAUGUUGGUUCAAACCAUAAAAGAGACUUCCAAGCCCCAAAAUGACACGGGAGUAAGUAAAUUAUGACAGAAUAUUUUAGUUUUGAACGAACUAGUCCUUUAACCGACGAGAGUACAGAAAAUUUCUUUUGAAACCGAAGAACGAAGAGAAAACUGUGGAGGUAAACAUUUGAACUGUGACUUUUAGAAUUUUUAAAUCCAGUUCAAGGGAGACACUUUCUUUGGGACAUUCGCAGGGAAUGUCACAUCAGCUCCCUGUCUGGCAUUAAUCGUGUGUGUACCUGUGUAUGUGUGUCUGUUUUAUUGAGGGUCGUCUCUCUGUACGUUUGCACUAAAACAAAUGGACUUCAAUUGGAGAGACCAGACCCUCAGCAUAACGGAAAGAAGGAACAGACUGAACAUCAUUAGCAAGCUAAAACCACAGACAAUCCAACAUAUCACUCUCAUUAUCUCUCUCUCCCUCCCCCAUACACACUCUGUCAGAUUUCUCAGCGAGAGAUGGAGGAGUGAUUCAUUGUGUAUCAGUAAAACCUUCUGAAUUUGAUAUUUUUCUGUUCUAAAGAGUGACUGUGCCAAAGGCUGAAUCACUGUCCCGGUAUGGUUUAUUUAUUUUUUGUACGUUUUUAUUUCCUUGAUUCUGGGGUCUUUUUUAGAUUUUGUCCCAUUGUACUGAAGCAUGCAGCCUGGUUUAAAUAUCAGCCAGAUGUGAAGCAGUAAUGUGAAGUCCAAUGCCACCUUUUAUAAAUUUAGUUAUCAAUCACCCAUCAUGAGCAUAUAGUCCAAAGGCACUUACUAUGAUUGCAUUUUUAUUGUGUUUGAGCUGGAUUUCAACCAAAGCCAGUUUUUUUUUUUUUUUUUGGGGUGGGGGGGGGGGGUGGGGGGGGGGAUGUCCAGUCGGUUGCUUUUGCUAUGCAGAAUGGCUGAGACAACUAAACUUAAUAAAACCCAAAAAAAAGCAAUAUUAAUAGAGUAAAUAGCACAGAUGUACAAAUAAUAAAUUUGUACAUCUGUGCAGAUGUAUAAUACAGAUGUAUAAAAUAAAAUGGUUAUUCAAUUUUUAUCUACAGUAACAGUCAAAAAUUUGGACAAAACUCAUUCUUUAUUAGUAUUAUUUUCUACAUUUUAAUUUUUGUGAUAAAAACAUUGAGCCCCAAAAAAAUUAAUCAAAUUUUUUACAUUUUAGCUUCAAGUAUCCAAAAAUCUGCCCAAUAAUUUAAUUAAAAAAUUACAUUUUGUAAAGACUUAGGCUUUGUAUAUAUUUCUCAUCCAAAAUAAAGCCUUGAGAUCACGAGAAACAGUUUGUCCAAACCUUUGACUAGUACUGUAUAUUUGAUAAGGAAAUUAAAAACAUAAUAAUUUACCUUGACCGUAUGCAGCCACAUUCUGUAGAGUAAAAGCAUGUGAGAAUCUGGUGUAAUUGCUGUCUAAUCCAAUGUAUAGCAUAAUUGAAGUUGUGUUUAUUUGUAUAUUGUUUGUUUUUCUGCGUGUGUGAGAGAGAGAUACGCGUUUUAAAACUACAUCGAGUGGGCUUUACAUUGUUGCUCAUGAACAGCAUGAGGCCCUAAUGACUGUUUGCCGCAUUAUCCACUGAACCACAAAUUCUUCAAAUUACAUUUAACAUUAUGAUUAUACAUUUCUGUGCGAGUGUGUGUGAUAGUUCCUUUUCUGUUACAUCCUGUCUAAAAAUGGUGCCAUGCAGGAGUAAAUACAUGCAUGGCAGUCCAAAAAGCCUUAAAAGAGGUGAAGAAAAUGAUAGCGCUCAGAGGUUAAAUACGUAAUGGAGUUUAAUGAAUACACAGGUUGAAUACAACAUGCAAUGGUGUAAAAUGAAAUUGAAAACUCUUGUGCACUUGUUUUAUAUCUUGAAUGCCAUGUGACACCCCCUCAAAACACAGAAAAAUGUAUAAAGUUCAGUAACACUUUAUUUUAGUGUUCUUGUUACACAUUACAUGUAGUUACUAUAGUUGUAACUAUAAUGCAUAAUUAACAUGCAGUUAACCUUAAACCCAAUCCUAAUCUUAACCCUAACCCUAUAGUAAGUACGUGUAGUUAAUUAAUGCUACUCUACUUAAAUGUAUAAUUACACUGUAACAAGGACACCUUAAAAUAAAGUGACCUAAAAUUGUUUUAAAUUGUACUUUAUCACUCUCUACCAGUCAUUGAGCUUAUUUCAGUCCUAAAAAAGACAAGUUGAGGAUGCAGUCCUGCAAUACUAAGUAUAGAGCUGCUAUGACGCCGUUUGGAGAAUGCUUCCAUUAAUAUGCCCUGCAUAUCCAGGUGUAAGCAUGAGCGUAAGGUCAAAAAUGGAGCAUGCAGAAGCAUUGAUUUAAGGCUACUUGAUUCUUACGGUUAGUUUCUGAUAAGCUUAAGGGGAUGGGAGCUUGAACAGAAGUAAGAAGCUGAAUAUCUGAUACUCUGGCUGUGUAUGAAAUGAUGAGAUCGACAUUUUGAUUACUAUUUUUAAUUCCCUGCUUCCUUCUCACGUCACUGCAAUGAUUUUCUCACUGUGUCUGCAUGACUCCUAAUUUCUGUUGGUGUUUUGUAUCUCUAAUACAAAUCUAAUUCUCUGUCCCCCCAAAAAGUGUGGCUGCCUAUUGAUAAUUUUUUAAAAGAACAAUGUAGUAUGCAAAUUCCCUGAAAUAUAAAAAAGGGGAUAAGAACAAUGUUUUUUCUUUCUUUUUCUUUCUUUUUUGUAAAUGUCAGAAAACGCAUUUGUUGUUGAAUGGAAUGAGAUAAAGGCUUUGGUGAUAACA